CAGCUGCCAUUGCUCCCCGCUUUUUGCAUUACGGACUACAAAUCUCAAGGGAAGACUCUACCCAAAGUUAUCCUUGACUUGGAGAGCGCACGCUCCAUCCAAUCGGCUUAUGUGAUGCUUUCACGAGCUACAGGUUUCAUAAAUUUGCUAAUCUUGCGGCCUUUCAACUCCAGAUGGAUCAUUUCUCACAUGAGUGGAGACUUGCGC